CUCGCUACAAGCAUGAUCCGGAGCUUUACGACUCGAUCGCACGUCAAGGAAGCAAGGUCCUGUACUUUGCCAAGUCGCUCAACGAGAACGAAACAUGGGUGCCUCUGAUCGAAAAGGCUUUUGCAAAGUUCUAUGGCAACUAUUCAUACAUCAACUGGGGCACUGCGAUGGAAGCUGUCGAAGACUUGACAGGAGGAACGAGCACCGUAUUCAUGCUCAAAGACCACCUCAACAAAGCCAAACUCUGGGAGGGACUUGUACGAAAGGACCAACGGGAUAAGCUAUACGCCGUCAGCUACCUCCAGACAUCCAAAACGAAAACAUACCAAGGACUUUAUCUUUCACACGCUUACUCUGUGCUGAGGGCGGCAGAGUACAAUGGCAAAAAGUUUGUCGUCAUUCGGAAUCCUUGGGGAAAUACUGAAUGGAAAGGCGCUUGGGGUGAUGGUUCGAAGGAGUGGACCAAGGAGUGGUUACCCGCACUUGACGUAUUGGAACACUCGUUCGGAGACGAUGUCUCGGACUUUAUGAAGCAGUGGCGAUACCUUGACAGCACCCGACUAUUUGAUUCUAACUGGGUCGUGUCGAACCUUUGGGUAGCGAUGAACGGACUCAGUCUGAACCACCCAUGGACAUGGGGAGAUGUAUCCUUCAUCGUCUUGCAGCAACUAGACCGUCGCUCAUUCCGAGAGAUAUCGAGCACUAUCAAAUAUGACUUUGACUUUGUCGUCUUCAAGAAAGGCUCAAAGAGGGUGUACGCCAAGUCAGCAUACAAUUUCUUUGGAAACCGCAGUAGGAAUGCGGAGGUGGACCUAGAACCUGGCGACUAUGUCGUGCACGACUACCUCAACGAAUCUCUCGAAAGUAAGGAUAGUAGGCGCCUCAAGCGGAUAAUGUCAAGAAAGAUCGCAGCAUAUUCUAAAGCGAUCAGUGAGGAUAUCGACACCAAGGUCCCAAUCGAUCUCGACGUUUUGGCCGGCGAAGACCUCAACGAAAUAGAAAUCAAGCUCGUCCAAACUAAACGAGAGACCACCCAGUCUCGAAAGAAAUCACAAGCUGAAGCAAAGAAGUCCCACGAACAGGAGAUUGCGGAAGAACGGAAGGCUAACGCUGAAGCUAAGAAUAAGGAGAAGACCCCUCAUGAUGUUUCACAUUCCAUCCUUAUGCACCCUGUACCGGUGAAGAGUGAGGAAGAAAAGAACAAGGAAGCAGGUAAGGCCACUCACAAUGGCAUUGGUUGCGAUGGAUGUGGAAUGUCUCCCGUC